AGGCAGUUUUUUUUUGUGAAGUUUGCUGGACCUGGAGGUGGGGGAUGUCUUGAUUGCCUCACUGAGCCCUGUACGUAAGGGUGACGAUAUUGAAGUCGAUAUCUUCGCUAAUACGAUACAAGACUUGGCUUGUACUAGGUCGAAUAAAUGUGGUGGAUGUUGCGGCACAAAGCAGACGUCGAUGUGCUGGUAGUGCUUGAGCAGAACAUCAACACUGUCAGAGAUGCAGCUUGCUGAUCACGCAAUGCCGUCUCCGCCCUCGUCGGGAGAGUGUGCGAGCAUUUUGCAGCACAAUCGAAGGCAAGCUGGUGCUUUUGUCCGUCGCAGUAGGCGAGACCGACGUUUGAGCGCGCUGACAAAAUCGGUUGUGUUGGUUCUCACUGCGACAACGCAAUGCCAUGUCGCCUCUUCGCACGAGAAACGGGAGGAUCGUCAGAGGAAGGAAGACGCUCCCGGAGAGGAUCGGGACUUCGUAGUGAGUGCAGAUGCUGAUCUGGAAGAAGAAUUCACCGACGAGGCGAUGAAUGUUGCAGCUGCUGGAGCAGAAGUAGACGAUGAUAGGGUUGAUGAUGAGCACCAGGAGCGACAAGGUGCGGAUUCAUUUGACGUAGAAACCAACCUGACGAAGUUAGAUAGCUGUCUCGCGAGCAAUAGUCGUGUCGUCACCGUUUUUCUGAAGAUUCUGACGCACAAUUUCAAAUGGAAACAAUAACAAACACAAAGUGCUUUGUUGCAGUUUUGAUUCUGUGGUCGCGAAAAAUCGAGAUAUACAACGUACAGGAUCGUCGCCGGCGCCGUCCUUUCUCGAUCUCCGCCCCCUGAAUUUGAAGCGCUGGAAACCCAAUCCACGGCGGUAG